AUGGUUAAAAACAAAAAGACGCCUACCGAAACUGAAAUUCAAAAACGGAAAGAGAAAAAAAAACAAUCUAUGAGAAGAUUACGUGAGGCUAUUAAAAAUGAUCCAGUGAAGCAUGAAGAUGCCAAAAGGAAAGAACGAGAAAGGUAUCAUGCAAGAGUAAAUGCUGGAAAAAUAAAGAAAAUCGAUAAUUUGGACAGUCGCACCCAAAGGUCAGUUAGAAAGAAAUGGAGAAUAUACAGCAAGAGAUAUUAUGAUUCGCAAAAAAGGAAGAAGGAUUUGGUAGAAUCUUUGGAAGCAAAUACACCUCCAGAUUCUCCUCUGUCUUUCAGAGUGAAUACGCCCCCGCCGAAAAGUAACCCAGAAGAGACUCCAACCACUUCGUCAAGUCGAACUGCUACUGGGAAAAAAAUGCGCCGUAGAAAUACGUACAAGUAUAAGCUGAAGAUAAAGCAUCUAGAAGAGCAGUUGAAAAAGGAAAAGAAAAGAAGCGAAAAAUACAAAAAAAGAACACAAAGGCAAUCUGCACCAUUGGCAACGCCCGAAAAGAAUGUGAAGUUGAUUAUAGGGAAUCAAACCGUCUCUAAUGAAGUGAAAAAGAGACUGCUAGUAGGCGAGGUAAUCACUUCUCAGAUUAAGAACAAUUUGGCCAAUUUAGAAAACAGUCGUGAUAAAGCAAAUUUUGUUGCAAAUUUGUCUGGCAAAAUUGUCAAAAAACACAAAUGUAUGCAGUAUAUCAGAAACCUAUCAUAUUCACGAAAAAUCUACAAAAAAUCAAUACCACUGCCUUCUAAAAAGAAAGAAUUACUGAAACGUUUCAGGAUUUACGUAACAGAUUUUCUUGAAAUGGACGAGAACAGCAGGAUGUGUCCAGGAAAAAAGGAUACAGUAACAUUCAGGAAAUGUAAGAAACAAAAGAGAUAUCUCAAUGACUCGCUUAUGAAUCUACACAAGAAGUUCCUUGCUGCCCAUUCUAAUCUUAAGAUCAGUUAUGCCAGCUUCUGCAAACUCCGCCCGUUCUGGGUAUUGAUUCCUAACGCGAGAUGCAGGGAAACGUGUCUGUGUUCCACUCAUGCUAACAUGUCAUUACUUGUGAGGAAACUGAAACAACUAAACAUAAUCAAUGAAUCGUCUGAGAAGGAUGUAAUCAGAAGCUUGUGUUGCAAGUCAGAAUCCGAAAUCCCCAAAGAACCUUGUCUUGAAAGAAAAUGCCCGGAUUGCAAAGGCACAAAAAUAAACAGAAUGGAUAGCAGUUUUCUCAUCACAGAACCAGCAGAAUAUUGUCGUUGGAUAUCGAAAAGAGUUAACGUCACCAUAAAAGGAGAAGAUAAGAUUUGUCAAAAAACAUUAAAGGAAACUGUGAAAACUACAAAAGGAGAAAUGCUGCUAGCGCUUGAGGAUUGCAUCGAUUCUUUUUUCCUCCAUGUCAGGAAUAUUCAGCACCAAUAUCAAGUUAUUGAUAAAAUUAAAACAGAGCUCAAAAAUGACGAAGUUCUUUUGCACAUGGAUUUCAGCGAAAACUAUAAUUGUAAAUACGGCGAGGAAGUACAGUCUGCGCAUUUUGGUGGUUCGAAGCCCCAAAUAUCUCUACAUACGGUUGUAAUAUAUUAUAGAAAUGAACAAUCUCAACUUAAACCUUUAUCAUGUUGUACAUUUUGUGAAGAUCUGCGACAUGACCCGUCGGCAAUCUGUGCCCACCUCGAACCAUUGCUAGAAGAUAUCAAGGAGCUGGUACCAAACAUCCGACAUGCGAAUUUCCUAAGCGACGGACCGUCCACACAAUAUCGUAACAAAAAAAUGUUUCAUUUGAUGGUAGGGUUCGUUGCGAAAAUGUUGGGAAUUCGGACCUUUCGAUGGCAUUUCAGUGAAAAAGGGCAUGGAAAGGGAGCACCCGAUGGCGUAGGUGGCUGCUUGAAACGAACUGCCGACGUCUUGAGUUGAAAGAAAAUACAAGAAACAUCCGAAUAUAUUCCGUACCCAGUCAAAAGAUUACUGAUAUCGACGCUAUUGUACCAAAAAAUCUCUGCACUUUUAAAGGAACAAUGAAAGUUCAUGAGCUUACGUGGUCUUCUCAAAAGCCCUUUAUGAUACAAGCACGUGAACUUUCC